AUGGUUCGUGAGAAACUUGGAAAUCCUCCUAAGUUUAGUUGUUCGUGUGUCGAUUGUAAGAAUCUUGCUGAGCCACUUCCUCCAUGUACAGUUCAUCUUCACUUGCUAAAACGAGGAAUGGAUCCUACUUACACAGAGUGCGUUCUUCACGGAGAGAAGGAUAAUAGUUCUAAUGAUGUUCAUGAAGAGGGAGCAAGACGUACUUUUUAUCAGAUGUGGACAGAAGAUAAUGUUGAAGGUUAUUCUCCGAUUGAUCCGGGUCAGGAUAUUAUGCAGGACGAGGGGUUGGCAAAACAGAUAACAGAGGCUGACUUCCCUUUAUACCCUGGUUGCACUACACACACGAAGUUAUCAAUCACUAUUGAGUUGUAUAGGCAAAAGACGGUAAAUGGUGUAUCUCGGAAAGCUUUUCAUAAACCUCUCAAGACAACUGGUUCAAUGUUGCCCCCAGGUCAUUGUCUUCCCAAAUCAAUAUAUGAAGUGAAAAAGUUGCUGAAGGAUUUUAAACUGACUUAUGAGAAAAUACACGCAUGUCAGAAUGAUUGUUGUUUGUUCAGAAAGGAGUUGAAAGAUGCAGAUGAAUGUCCUAAAUGUCACUAUUCUAGGUGGAAUGAAGAUACAUCUAACAUGGAAGAUGAUGACAUGAUAGACAAGCCCGAAAAGAAAAUACCAGUUAAGGUGCUUAGAUACUUUUCGAUUGUGCCGAGAUUAAAGAGAUUGUAUAAACCAGCAGAUCUGGCUCAGCAACUGAUAUGGCACGGGAUGCAUAAGAGUAAAGAUGGGAAGAUACGUCAUCCGUCAGAUUCUUUGGCUUGGCAACACAUAGACACAAAGUUCCCCGAGUUUGCUUCAGAAUCGCGUAAUUUGCGUCUUGGGCUUGCAGCUGAUGGAUUUAAUCCGUUUGGCGAUAUUUCUCCAUCCCACAGUUGUUGCCCGGUGUUGAUAGUGGUAUAUAAUAUUCCCCCUCAGCAGUGUAUGCAAGCCGAAAACAUUAUUUUAAGCUUGAUGAUUCCAGGAAAGAAACAACCAGGUAGAGACAUCGAUAUAUACUUGCAACCACUGAUAGAUGAUCUGAUUGAGUUGUGGGAUAACGACGUGGAGGUUUAUGAUAAAUUUGGUAACACAAUGUUCAACUUGAAGGCAUUGUUGAUGUGGACGAUAAAUGAUUUUCCUGCUUAUGGUAAUAUUUCUGGAUGUACGUACAAAGGGAAGGCAACCUUCCCUCUUUGUGGUGAUAAUACUCUUUCGACUUGGUUGUUGUUUAGUCAUAAAACUGUUUAUAUGAAUCAUAGGAGAUUUCUACCUUAUAAUCAUCAUCUUCGAUCUAGUAAGAAGAAAGCCACGUUUAAUGGAGAGAGUGAGAGGAAUGAAAAGCCACCUAUUAUAUCUGGUGUUGUGGCCUUUGAACGUCAGAGCAGUAUUGUGAAUGAUUUUGGGAAAGCAAAGCAGAACGAGUGCGGGAAGCGGAAAAGGGAAGUUUCUACUGAUGCCGGUUCAAGUGCUGCUGCUACUUCUGGUGCACAGGAUGCUGACCAUCCGAUAUUCAACAAACAAUCCAUAUCUUUCGACUUGCCUUACUGGAAGGAGUUGUUACUACGACAUAAUAUUGAUGUUAUGCAUACGGAAAAAAACGUAUGUGAGAGUGUCAUUGGUACUAUAUUGAAUAUAAAGUUUAAAACAAAAGCUGGCUUAAACUCCCGUAAUGAUAUGAAUAAUAUGGGAAUCAGAGAAGACUUGCAUCCAAGACUCAAAAAAGGCAAAACAUGGCUUCCACCAGCACCAUAUAACUUGAGCGACAAGGGAAAGGCUAUAUUUUAUAAUAGGAUGAGAAAUUUGAAGGUUCCAUCUGGGUAUAGUUCUGAUCUUAGGAGACGUUUCUCGAAAGAUGGUUGCUUGGGUGUCCUUAAAGCUCAUGAUUACCAUGUUCUUAUGCAACAAAUAUUACCUGUAGCUUUGAAGGGAAUUUUACCUGAUGGCCAAGUACUGCGAAUGCACAUGGAUGAGUUAAGAUCUUCUGAUACUGCCAGUGAUGAAAACCAACUCCUUUCCAUACACUCAGAGACGUUUGCAGAUUGGAUACAACAAAAGUUUAAAAUGCAAAUUAGUCAAAGAUUAUCAGUAUCAAAUACCGUCGAAUGGUUGGCAUAUGGUCCUUUAGAUAACUGUGUAUCAUAUAAAGGCUUGGAAAUAAAUGGGUCAAGGUUUAUUACGAAGGAUAUUCAAAGAGUCAAACAAAACAGUGGUGUUUCAAUUGAAUCAAAAUCUUUAGUUGCAGGACAGUCACAAAUAAGUGGUUUCUAUGGUGUUUUAGAACAAAUUAUCGUGUUGGACUACCAGCAUAUGUUUCAGAUUCCCAUAUUCAAAUGUGACUGGGCUCACACCUAUUUUGGUGUCAAGAUUGAAAAAGGAUUUACUUUAGUAAACUUACGUCAGCAUAAGAACCAAUAUCAGAAUGAUCCAUUCAUUUUAGCGUCACAAGCCUGA